GUAUGUCGACUUGCCGACGGUUGGCUCGGUGUUUCACAAAGACGAAGUGCUGUGUACUCUUGAGAGCGUGAAAUCGGUCGAGGAAGUAUUGUGCCCGGUUGCGGCUGCGGAAGUAUUGGAGACAAACGUUAAGGUUGAAGACACUCCCGACUUGGUCAACUUGGACCCUGAGCAUGACGGCUGGCUGGUUCGCAUACAUUACGAGGGAGAUGUAGAGGCUGAUGGAAAGAACUUCUUCAGUGAGGAGGAGUAUCGAAAAGGCCACAGUGUUGAAGUCUUCGAGUAA